CGUUUUAGACCAGGUUGGGCCAAUACAAUCCUGCUGGCCACUGUAAAGCAGGAAGAGACGUCCCCCACGAGCCCCGCCUACACUUUCUUAGUGGAGACGUAAUUUCCGCUUUCCGUCUUUCCUUUUCUAGCCAGUCGGCCGCCGUGCGGUAAACGGGAAGAUGCAAAUCUUCGUAAAAACCCUUACUGGGAAAACAAUCACCCUUGAGGUUGAGCCCAGUGAUACUAUUGAAAAUGUGAAGGCCAAAAUCCAGGACAAGGAAGGUAUUCCUCCUGACCAGCAGCGUUUGAUCUUUGCUGGUAAACAGCUUGAAGAUGGACGCACUCUGUCUGACUAUAAUAUCCAGAAAGAGUCCACAUUGCACCUGGUGUUGCGUCUGCGUGGAGGUAUCAUCGAGCCUUCUCUUCGCCAACUUGCUCAGAAAUACAACUGUGACAAAAUGAUUUGCCGCAAGUGCUAUGCCCGCCUUCACCCCCGUGCUGUAAAUUGCCGUAAGAAGAAGUGUGGACACACCAAUAACCUGCGUCCCAAGAAGAAGGUCAAAUAAACUGAUCUUUACCUGUAUUUUGAGCUUUGUUGACAAAUAAAGAAAAAAGAGAACUGUU